GCCAGCCCUGAGCCUGGGAGCGCAGCGGCCACGGAGGAGGCGGCGGCAGGCGGGAGCGGCAGCGGCAGCACAGGCAGGCUCUGGGCCAGCCCAGCGCGCAUCCCCGGCACCCUGCGCUGCGGAGAGCUCGGAGGAGCGCGGGAGCCGCGACACGGGAGUGGACAAAGCAAGAUGGCAGGGAUCUUAGCCUGGUUUUGGAACGAGCGGUUUUGGCUUCCGCACAAUGUCACCUGGGCAGACCUGAAGAACACGGAUGAAGCCACCUUCCCACAGGCGGAGGACCUUUACCUCGCCUUCCCCGUGGCCUUCUGCAUCUUCAUGGUGCGGCUCAUCUUCGAGAGAUUUAUAGCCAGACCAUGUGCCAUAGCCCUCAACAUCCAGGCCAAUGGACCACAAAUUGCCCAGCCAAACGCCAUUCUGGAAAAGGUCUUCAAUGCUAUAACAAAGCAUCCUGAUGAGAAGCGAUUGGAAGGGCUCUCCAAGCAGCUGGACUGGGAUGUUCGGAGCAUUCAACGCUGGUUUCGACAAAGACGCAACCAGGAAAAACCAAGCACCCUGACCAGGUUCUGCGAGAGCAUGUGGAGAUUUUCCUUUUCCCUGUAUGUAUUUAGCUACGGAGUCCGGUUCUUGAAACAGACCCCUUGGCUGUGGAAUACAAGACACUGCUGGUAUAACUACCCCUACCAGCCCCUCACUGCUGACCUUCACUACUAUUACAUCCUGGAGCUGUCGUUUUAUUGGUCCUUAAUGGUUUCCCAGUUCACAGACAUCAAAAGGAAGGACUUCGGCAUUAUGUUCCUGCACCACCUUGCAACUAUUUUCUUGAUAACCUUUUCAUACGUCAACAACAUGGCCCGAGUCGGGACCCUGGUUCUCUGUCUUCACGACUCAGCCGAUGCUCUGCUAGAGGCUGCCAAAAUGGCAAAUUAUGCCAAAUUUCAGAAAAUGUGUGAUCUUCUGUUUGUCAUGUUUGCCAUGGUUUUUAUCACCACACGGCUGGGCAUAUUUCCUCUCUGGGUGUUAAACACCACGUUGUUCGAAAGUUGGGAGAUCGUCGGACCCUUCCCUUCCUGGUGGGUUUUUAACCUGCUGCUGUUGCUACUACAAGGGCUGAACUGCUUCUGGUCUUACUUGAUUGUAAAAAUAGCCUGCAAAGCUGUUUCAAAAGGCAAGGUAUCCAAGGAUGACCGGAGUGAUAUUGAAUCUAGCUCGGAUGAUGAGGACUCAGAACCUCCAGGGAAGAAACCGCACACUUCGACAACCACUAACGGAACCAGUGGUACCAACGGGUAUCUCCUGACUGGUCCAUGCUCCAUGGAUGAUUGACUACCCAAAACUAUAAGUCCUCAACAAAGUGAACUGUUUGUUCCUGGAAGUAUUUAAUAAGUUGCAAAUGCAGUUCCUUUCCUGAUAUCUCAUCACCAGAGACAAAAACAAAAAAAAUUAGGAUUCUCAAAGCAUUCUGAAUAGUGUACUGCCAUGUGUCCUGUCUGUGAAUGAAGAAGAAAUCCCAUCCUAUGUAGGCAUGCUGUAUGUAACUGACACAAGGGAACAAUAUUUGCAUUUGUCUUAGAAUAUUAUUUAUUUUUUUAUUUGUUUGUAAAUCUGUGGACAGUCAAGGAUCCCCUCACUCCUUUUCCUCUGGGCUCGUGACUGACCGUGAAGGAGAUGCUCCGUCUGUUCUACCCGCUUCUCAUGUUGUAGUCCAGUGUGCCGUGAGCAUCGGCGUCAGCUUACUUCAUCACUUAGAGCAAGUAAAACCCCGCGCAAGAUCCCCCACACAGCUCCCAAUAGGUUGGCUUUCUUUCUGUUCUGCACCCAUUUUGUGACUGCCCAUAUAUAGCCGGUGACUGUUGUCCCGUGGGAGUCUAAACAGGAUGAACCCGGUGUUUUAGUUUUUACUCUUUGUGGUCAAAUAGCAGUUCAAAUGAAAGAGGCUAGCUCUUAGGGGACUUUGGAACUUUAUAUGAAAUUGCUUUGGAAUAGUUUGUCUCUUGCUUACAAAUAUGAGAUUUCUUUGGUGUGGUCUGGAGUUGACCUUGUUGGUAACAAAGUUAUCUUGCCCUCCAGUGAGGCCAGUGUUCUGAUUCUGAAACAAUGUCACUUGCUUAAGCUCACAGACACAAAGGGACCCACAUACUGGAGACUUGCUCUGUGUUCUGGGAAUCACAUAAAGAUAGCAACUGACUUCAUCCAGGUCUUUUUUCCAGAAUUCCUACUGUAUUAGCCCAGUCUUCUGUCUUGCCGUGUUAAAAAAAAAGAAAAAGAAAAAGAAGAAGCCAAGAAUGUUUUGAGGCAGAAAAAAGAAUGAGUCUUUUAAGAGCUGGCAAAGCUACCUUGCGUGCAAAGCGCUAUACUGCCGCCAGCUCUCAAGAGAAAGCCCUCCCUAGUGUUAGACUUGUGGGAGAAAAACCAUUUACCCUUCGCCUUUCUCCUUAACUGCAUCCCAUAAUGACUUUCUUGUUGCUAAAAGUAUCAGGCUUGCACUGCAAGGCUGGUUUAUUUACCUCUCUGAAGACUCGUGGGGGCUCCUAAGAAUUUUUAUUCAAGUGGAGCUAUUUCCAGAAAAAUGGCCAAAAUUCUCCUGGACGAUGGCAGUGACAGCCAUGAGGAAAGUUACCAAAGAGUAGUUCAUGAGCGCCCUUCCCCCCCCCCACACACACACACGCCCAGGCCACUAUCAUUGGCAUGUGGCUUCAAAAACCACACGUUUGAGCCAAGGAUUUUAUCUCAUCUCGUCUUUAGUAAAAAGGGAAUUGAACGGUUAUACAAAUACUCCUAAGUCAAGCAUCACCUAAAACAGGAAUCAAAAAAAUACGGGCACUGAGUAGCCAAAAGCAAAAUGCCGCAGGGCAUGUCAUUGUCCUGCCCACGGCCAUCCAUAGUUCAUUUGGUUUUUCUUUAAUUAAAUCUUUAUACCCUUACUCUGAAACCUGUGAGUGACUAGGUAAGUGAAAAUUCCUGAAGAACUCUCACUGCAAUGUUAGCUCUUUCCCCACCCAAUUACAAAACAGUAUUUUCUGGUAUGGUCCAGAUCAUCAUUUUAAACGCUUGGAAGCAUGUCUACUUGUUGCUGUAGAAGACAGCGCAACCGACUGUGACUUGAGCUUGGCUGAUUUAUAUGUCUAACAGUGAAACUUGGAAGUGUUUGAGUUUAUGAGACCAGUGAUAAGACACCAAAGGUAUUGUUAGUAUUCAGAGCAUUUGCUCAAAUGCAAAUAGGUAAAAACAAUAGCAGUGUUGAAGGGUGAACCUUUCUCGUCAUCUUAGCUAGGGAGCAUGCCCAUCUUGCUUCAAUAUCUGGGCACAUCCUCCCAGGGGUGAGAUGAACUUGAGGACCACCGUGUAUUUGAAUUUGAACUAGGUGACCCUUUUUUGCACAGAAGAAUUUUAAGAUCAGUUUGUAAAUUCAGAAGAGGUAUGUAAAAUGAAGUAAGUUGAUUCUGCCCGUGUCAAAGGCAGUUCUAAACCUGCUAGACCAGGGACGUGUUUUCUGAUCCCAUUAGCAUGACUCAUUCUUCUGCGUGUCUACAAAUUUUUGUUUCAUUUUACAUUCUAGAGAAAAUAAUUCUGUUCGGUGAAUUGAAAUGGAGUUUGUAGGCUUUUCCUGGAAUAGAAUAUUAUCAUCUCUGCUUCCUGUUCUCCCAUAGUGCCCAGAUAAGACUGAGAACGGGCACUGUGUGAGGAAUCUUGUCCACCUGUGCCAGGCCACAGCUUUCAGAAGUGUGAUUUGUAAAUCCAGCUAUAGGUUAGUUCUGAGUAGUGUUCUUCUUAAUUAGCUUAGCCUGUGGUGAUGUUCCCUUCCUCCUGGUCGCAUUCAGAUUUCCCCAGGGUACCAAGUUGUGUGUAGGAAGGACUCUAGGAAACGUGACUUUUGAUCUCCAGUGUUAUAGUUUACCUAGAUUUAGUGGGGGGGAACGUGGGAAAUCAAGUAGAAUUUGGCCUUGAGUCAAUAAAUGCUGUGUGUGGUUUA